UGCAGAGCUGCAUCUUGAACACGAGUGAGAUUGAAGAUUUUGUGUGGGGGAAAGUUAAGAAAGAGAGAGAGACAGUAUGAAGCAAGUGAUUUUGUGUGUGUUGGUGGCGCUGGUGGCGCCACUGGUUUCGGCAGUGUCGUUCUGCCCGAAUCGGUGCGUGUGUGACGACGUGAAGUUGCACGUUACUUGCGGCGAGGGCGAGUUGGAUGUUCUGCCGAUCGCGCUCAACCCGGCGAUUCAGCGGCUGGUGAUCAAGUUCAAUCGGAUUAAGGCGAUCGAUUCGUCGAUUCAGUUUUAUAAUGAGUUGACGAUGCUGGAUUUGAGCUACAAUCAUCUGUUGGGAGUGCCGGAGAAGAUCUUCAUGUACCAGAAGCGGUUGUUGCAGCUGCAUUUGAACAACAACAAGAUCGGCACGAUCAGCAACAAGACCUUCCACGGUUUGGAAGAACUGAGGGUGCUAAAUCUGCGCGGGAACUUUAUCAACGAGUUGAACGCUGGAGUUUUCAAAUCUCUGAUCAAGUUGGAAGAGUUGAAUCUCGGACAGAAUCGUAUUGAAAUGCUACAUCCCGAAGCCUUCAAUGGCUUGACUAGUUUAAGGAUUCUGCACCUGGACGACAACGCGAUCAAUAUGAUCCCAACUCCGUCCUUCCGUCCGCUGCUGAUGCUGGCCGAGUUGUUCCUCGGAACGAACAAUCUGAACCAGAUUCAACCGGGAGCGUUCGAGGGACUGUCGGAGCUGCGCCGCCUGGACGUGCGAGGAUCGAUGCUGGUGAACGUCACCUUCGAGACGUUUCGUGGCCUGGAGAACAUUCGAUCGCUAGACAUCUCGGACAACCAUCUGCUCAAGGUUCCCACGGUUCAGCUGAGCGGGCUGAAGCGGCUGGAGGAGCUGAAGAUCGGACAGAACGACUUUGAGGUCAUCCCGGAAGGUGCGUUCUACGGACUGUUCAACCUGCGCAAGAUCGACAUUUCGGGAGCGCUGAACUUGCGUCGUCUUCAAGCGGGAGCCUUCUCCGCCAACACCAACCUGGACACGAUCGUGAUCGCCUCGAACAAGCAGCUGGCGGAGAUCGAGGAGGGCGCAUUCUCCGGACUCCCACACAUCGAGAACGUGAUCCUGCGGGACAACGCGAUCCGUACCGUUCGCGAAGAACUGCUGCCCUGGAAGCAGUUGCGCAACUUUGACCUCUCCGAGAAUCCGCUGGUGUGCAACUGUCAUCUGCAGUGGCUGAGAAAUCUCCUCCGUCAGCGAUCGAUCGAGACCGAGCAGAGCCAGAUCAUCUGCGAAUAUCCAGAACGUCUUAACGGAGAAGCCCUGCGUGAGAUCAGCCCGGAACUGCUCGGCUGUCACCAGACCCAUCAAUCCCGCGAACGUGCCGUCGUUGGAGCUGUCCUGGUGGCUUCCGCUGCCUCCGUCACCACCUUCGUCCUGGUGGCCUACCGACUCCGUCACCGUCUGAUCGACAUCCUCGGCCCCAACUGGCACAACAAACGCAACACCCUGAAGGAGGAGAAGGACCUGGAGUUCGGCAAAAGCUUCGAGGAGGUCGAGUACCACCAGCCCAACUUCAACAUCUACAGCUACCACUGUCAGCAAGCUUUCGCGCAAUAUCCCUGCUCUGGACCAACUCCACCACCGCUCCCGCCAGCAAACUACCAGCACCACAUCUACGAGACGCCCAUCCCGGUGUCCGACCUUUGAACGGGGGGAUCGUCAGCAAAUCCACGUGGAACUGAUCAUCGCGCGCAUUUGCGCGCUCCCAGGAAUCGUCAAAUUGCAUGCUUGACAACGACUCAGGGAUGACCUUCGGGGGCUCAUCCCAGUACAUAGGAGCUUGCAGUUUGCAGUCCGACCUUCGGGCACUCUCCAGGGGACGACCUCUCUCGUCCAACAUUUGAGCAUUCUUGAACUAGGCCCAACCCGGGCAGGCAGGCAGGGAACGAACCGAGCAAAAAUGUUAAAAAAGAGACACAA